AUGGCGUCCGCCACGUCCUCGGUGUUUGACGCAAUGGGCGUGGAUAAUUUGACUGAUAUGUCGGAUAUACAAGAAGCAUUCGAAAAACUGUGUGUGGAAGAACAAGGCAUGACUGAUAACAUUGAUGGCUUGUUAGACAGGCAGACAAACCUGGAAGCAAAGAUGAGCACAUUACAGCGGUUGGGGCAAAACCUUCAGCUUGUACACAGUGACUCCAAACAGCUCGGCAGUAUGAUCAGUUUCACCUCAGACCUGGCUGAGAAUGUGAGCAGUAAAGUCAGGGAGUUGGAUGUCGCCAAAAAUAGAGUACAGAUUGCAAUUCAGAGAGUGAAUGAUAUUCUUGACCUUAAGUUCUGCACGGACGGCGUAAAAACUGCUCUUCAGGCUGAGAACUAUGAGAAGGCAGCGGGGCAUAUUCACAGGUAUCUGAGUCUGGAUGAGAAGGUUCUUAAACAAGUCAUAGAUGAUAAUAAAGAUGGAGGCGGGACUGACCUCUCUAUCAGCCAUCUUCACGAGGCGGAGCAGAAUCUCAAGGCGCUUGUUCGCAAGAAGUUUGACACGGCAAUACAGAGUGCAGACAGGGGUUCAGUGGAGAGAUUCUUCAAGAUCUUCCCGCUCCUUGGACUCCACGAGGAAGGGCUGGAGAAAUUCUCAACAUAUCUCAGAACACAGAUUGCCAACAAGGCUCAGGAGAACCUAGCCCUGGCACUGGGUAAGGACAGCACCGACCGACGGGCAAGCGUUGUGUAUGCAGACACCAUUACCAUGCUGUUUGAAGACAUCGGUAAGAGUGUAGAGAUCCAUCAACCCCUGGUAGAGACGUAUUACGGUCCAGGGAGAUUAUUCAAUUUAAUGCAGUCGCUACAGCAGGAGUGCGAUAUUCAAGCCAAGAAAAUCGUUGAGAGCUUCGUCCGUAAUCGAGAAUUUGAUUCUCGGUCUCAACAAGUGCAGCAAAGUUUACGAGGUUACAAGUCCUCCAAUCCCAACGAAAAGUUAGAUCCACGAGACCUUGACGUCAUGCUGGCUGAGUGUACAUUACUGAACACCAGAACAGAAUUGUACCUGAGGUUUGUCAAGAGAAGAGUGAUGAGUGAUAUAGAAGUCUUGGAUGAAGAUGACGCCACGAAACAAAAACGACAAGCGGAAUUGGACAGAUUUCUUAUGAACUGCCAACUUAGCAGACACAUGCAGGAACUCAUUGGCAACUAUAUCAUGAUGGAAGAAUUUUUCAUGCAUGAAACGGUUACCAAGGCGGUGAGUUUAGACAACUUGGAAACAGGUGCACAUACUUCAAGCAUGGUGGAUGAUAUAUUCUUUAUUGUCAAGAAAUGUACAAGGAGAGCUAUCUCUAGUGGGAGUGCAGACUGCGCCUGCGCGAUGCUCAAUCACACCAGCUCCCUACUAGAAGGAUCCUAUCGGGACGUCCUGUAUAGCAAACUACGCGCUGGGUAUCCAUCCGGCUCCUUUGAUGUCAGCCAGGCAUACAGUAUGCUGCAACAGGGCAGAUUUGCAACGUCUACGACGGACACAAAUGCUGCUAAGCUAGAAUUUUUGACAACAUUAAAUAACAUUGAAGUAAGUAUCGAGUACACACAGUCACUCAGGAAGAGUCUCGCCAGUGAGUGUGCCUCGAGGAGCCAACACAUAACAGACAAAGAGCAAGAGAAACUAGAAAGCUGCCUGGCGGACUUGGGGAAUGUCACGCACAAAUUCAAGGACGUGUUAGAGUACGGCCUGAGCCAGCUCAGCACUAGCGCCAUCAAGCCUCGCCUCAAACCCUGGGUCGACACCUUCCUGUCCACCAGUCAUAACAUCUCAGAGGAGGAGUUCUCAAACUUUGAGGCCAACGACCCCUUCAUUCAGGCAUUCAUGAUGAACCUAGAACAACUCCUGAAUGAAUUCAAGGAGUUGCUGACAUCGGCUAACAACGAUGCCCUUAUAGGGUUACUUACAUCGGAAGUAGCGACCCAAAUGGAGAAAGCUGUCCUCAAAUCAGUUUUCAAUAGACUUGGAGGUCUACAGUAUGACAAGGAGUUGCGGUCGCUGGUUGGGUACCUCACAUCUGUCACUCAGUGGACCAUCCGAGACAAGUUUGCAAGACUCACCCAAAUGGCUACCAUUUUAAACCUUGAGCGAGUUUCUGAAAUCCUAGAUUAUUGGGGUUCUAAUUCAGGACCUUUGACCUGGAGAUUGACCCCUGCAGAGGUCAGACAAGUACUCUCACUAAGGAUUGACUUUCGGACCGAAGAUAUCAAGAGAUUAAAGCUCUGAAACAAAUGUUGAUGACCUUUGUCUUGAAGAUUUUACAGUCACCUUUUUGCAGCAUCGUCGUCACUUGAGAGAAGAUGUUUCAUGCAAUUUUACAGAGUAAAGUAGUAUUAUUUGUCUUGGUGAGGUAUUAAUCGUGGUUUUGUUUUUAUUAUUUUUUUAAUAUACCAGUGCCUUCUGAAGUGUCAACUGUAUUCAAAAUUAGUCAAUAACUGGUGAUAAAUUUGUAAAAAUUGAAAUUCUUUUGGUGGUCAGUUAAAGGGUCUGGAUGCUUUUUGUUGGACACAAAACACAAUGUUCACAGAUUUACAUUAAACUUACACGAAGAUAAUGAUGGUAGAAAGUUUCUCUUAAUAUUUUACUUACCUAGUAGGCGCUGUAGUCUUUACACAACCAAGGCCUUUUCACACUACACAAAACCACUUCAUUGGACACAAGUCUGAUAUGUGUAAUCUGGAUAUAACAAAAUGUUUAUGUAAUCGAGUACCUUUCAAUAAAUGUAGGCCUACAGACCAGAGAAAAAAUGGAGCAUGAAGCCAGGAAAAAGGGAAUAAUGUAGCUUUAAAGUAAAAAACAUCCAGUACGAAUUUGCAGUAUUUUUGACCUUUUGAGGGCGUGUGCCAGCCAAUUUAGGCAAAACAAGUCAAACAAACUGAUUUUGUCAUUUUAAUUGUUAUUGUUAUUAUUAUCUAUUUAGUCAUCGGUACUGAAAAAAAAACCAUACAGGCAGUCCAAAUAAGUUAAAACUAUUUGUGAAGCAUGGAAAUUCGCCAGUGAUAGCGAUUAGACCCACUAAAGCGCCCUCAUGCAGCCACAUAUGGCCAAUUCAGUUAGAAUAGUGGUUUAAUCCCAACGAGGCCUGGUUCUUGAUAGUUUUACCGAGAGGAAGUCGAUGUA